ACGGCGAGGGCGCCUGCUACGACGCGGCGUUCGCGGAGGCGCGCCGGUGGGUGGAGGCAGUUACUGGGAAAAGUUUUGGAGACAAGGAUUUUCGGGCUGCUUUGGAAAAUGGAGUCCUCCUAUGUGAUCUAAUUAACAAGAUCAAACCUGGCAUCAUUAAAAAGAUUAAUCGCCUGUCAACCCCAAUAGCUGGGCUGGAUAAUAUCAAUGUGUUUUUGAAAGCUUGUGAAAAUCUUGGAUUAAAAGAAGCUCAGCUUUUUCAUCCUGGUGACCUUCAGGAUUUAUCUAAUCGAGUUACUGUCAAGCAAGAGGAGACCAACAGAAGAGUAAAAAAUGUUUUGAUUACAUUAUAUUGGCUGGGCAGGAAGGCGCACAGCAGCUCUUACUAUAAUGGCCCACAGCUUAAUUUAAAAGCCUUUGAGAAACUGUUAGGACAAGCAUUGACAAAGGCUCUCGGAGAAUCUUGCAGUCCCAAGCGGAGUGGGAGGGACAGUGGGUACGGUGAUAUUUGGUAUCUUGAGCGUACAGAUCCCCUUUCAUCAUCCACCAGUCAUAAGAGAGACGAUUCCUUUGAUAGCUUGGACUCCUUUGGUUCAAGGUCUUCUGCAAGCUUUUCAUCAGACAUCACCUUGAAAGGUGGAAGUGAAGGUGGUGAAAGUGACACAGACUCUGAAAUGCACGCAGGAAUGCACAAUCUCCGUAAAGACGACAUGUUACACCGCCGAGUCGCCUUGAUUGAGCCCAAGCCUGCUGCAGAAUUCAAUCGCUUCUUACCUGGCAAAGCCAAACCAGCGACAUACAUUCCAACCCCUUUGAGGAAAAAGAGGACAGAGAGGAACGAAGACAACAGAAGAAGCUGGGCCAGCCCGGACCCUAUCGAGCCAGAUGGAACGCUGUCAAGGCUGUUUCAAAAGCUUUCUGAUGAGCAUGGGAGUAAAUCCUUGGCCGAUGUCAGUGCAGAGGAGCUGCGAACAAAUCGUCAGCUGCGUUAUGAGGAGCUCCAGAAAAUAAGGGAUCAGCUACAAAAACAAGACGAGCAAUGGCAAAAUGAUCUGGCAAAAUGGAAAAGCAAGCGCAAGAGUUAUAAUUUUGAUUUGCAAAAGAAAAAGGAGGAGAGAGAAGAAAUUGAGCGGAGAGCUUCUGAGAGUACUGGAAGACGUACCAAAUCUUUGAGAGAAAUGCAGCAAGACAGGGAGAACAGAGAUCAAAGCUUCUAUAGCACCAGUCAGCUGCCUGUGGAACGCAGCCAAAGGUAUUCCUCCAGUGACGACGUGUUUAGUGACGAGAACGUGCCCAUCAUAUCCUCAAGAAGUUACCCUGUUGAAAAUAAUCCUGUUCACUACAUGAAGAAGAGUGAAGAAAAUAGCGAAGAGAGUGAUGGAAAAGCAGAGAACUGUGCAAGGACUGAAACUCAAAUUCCGGCUAAGAGCAUGACAGAAGUCAAGAGCACACCUCCUUUGUUGGCUUACCAUUCACAAACUGGGUCGGCUCAGGUUUCAGCUUCUCUCCCAAGAAGCUACCAGAGAAGCAAUACUGCCAAGUUAACCUCUGUGGUUACUCCAAGGCCCUUUGGUCUCCAUUCAAGAGGAAUCUCAACACUUCCCAGGUCACAUACGAUGGAUGAUGCUCCCAAAUAUAAUGGAGAAAUUGAUGUGUCCAAGAGAACUCAACUUACCUUCAUCAGCAAUUCAUUUUCCAAGCCAGAAGGUGGACAGAGCCAGUCCACAAGUGAUCUACACAGCGUGGAUGACAAGGAUGGAAUGAAGCAUCACGCUGCGGAGAAUAGCUCUCCUGCAAGCAAAGCUGUGGAUGUUAAUCAUCUGGCUUCUAAAUCGGAGCAUCAUGGCAGCUAUGACUCAGUUCAGUCUAAAGAAGCAAGGAGAAGCAUAGCAGAGACUGGGAUUUCAGCAGUGCAGGAUCAGUACAGCGAUAUGAGAAUCAGUAUAAACCAAAGACCAGGCAGCCAGCGGAGCUUUGGGUUUACAGGACAUCAGAACCCUUCUGGACUCUUUGUAAAAUCAGUAGAAGAAGGUAGCCCGGCGGACUUUUGCCAGCUGCGUGUUGACGAUGAGAUCCUGUCCCUCAAUGGCACAAAGGUCUCACAAAUGGAUCCGAGUCAGUGGGAAGCAGCCAUCAGCAAUGCGCUAGAAACCGGGACCCUUGUCAUGGACGUCCGGCGCUAUGGAAAGAAGGACUGGGGCAAAGACCAGCCUUCCCUGCCAUAUGCAAAGCACAAAAUCCUCAAUCUCACCAGUAUGGCUACCAACAUUAUAGGUACUCCUGAAAACAAAUGGAUCGAUGCUACAUCUGGAGAAAGUUCUGCACCCAAAAGCCGAAAUAUAUCAGCACAGAAAGACUUUCACAACAACUUCCAGAAUGACGAUUCUGAAACAAAAGUCAAUGGGAUGCAGAGAGAUGCAAGUUCCAAUGAGCAUAAAGAUACAGAAUCUAUUUCUUUGAAAAUCUUAAAAAGACGGUCACAGUUUUUUGAACAAGGAUCAUCAGGGUUUUCUUACAAUUCAUGGGUCUACCUCUGUGGAGGUUCAGAACCUGCAAUGCCUGAUUUCCCGGUUCCACCCAUCAGCUCUCCCAGUCGGUGGGCCUGGGACCAAGAAGAAGAAAGGAAAAGGCAAGAGAAAUGGCAGGCAGAACAGGAACGCUUGCUUCAGGAGAAAUACAGGCGUGAGCAAGAAAAGCUGAGGGAGGAAUGGCUGAAGGCUCAGCAAGAGGCGGAAAAGGAGAGCUCCAAAUACUUGCAUGAGGAGCAAAUUGUACUGAAGACAAGUCCCACUCUCGUUACGGCACAAGAGCCACCGGCAUCUCCCUGGCUGAAAAACGGAAGUGACAAGACUGACUAUUCCAACACCGGUGCUCAGUGGGUGGAGGAAAGAGAGCAGGCCCAGAAGGAGGAUGAGCAGGAAUAUCAUCGGGAGGUACAGCCAUCGCAAGAAUUGGCAGACGUGAAACCCGAGCAGGAAAGGAAGUUCCCAGAGCCAAGCCCCUUGAGGAAGUCUUUUUCUCAGGAUGUAGAAUGCUAUGCGGAGGCAGAACCGAAGUCGCAUGUGGAACAGGUCAGGGAAGUGGCAGCGCCAAAGUUCCAGUAUCAGAGGUAUUAUGAGGCAACAAGAAGCUCUGGGGGGCCCAGCUACUUCAGCGCUGACAGAAAUAAAUCCCGAUCAACUACAGAUCUCGAUGAUCAUCACAUCAAUAGAAAUGGAGUAAAGAGCAGAUAUUCUGAUCAAGCCUGGAAUCCCGUUGACUCACCAAGAAGGCCUCAGAAGGAACAUGGUGUGUCCGCAGCUGAGCUGGAGAGACUGCAGCUGCUGCAGGAAAUGAGAAAGAAGGCGUCCCUGAAUACCGACAACAGCUGGAUCAGGCAGCGCAGCUCCAGCGUGCAUAAAGAGGCCAUCAGUCUACCUGGCAGUAAAAUGAGGAGAGGUGAGAGCUUAGAUAACCUUGAUUCUCCACGAACCAAUUCCUGGAGACCACAGUCUUGGGCGAAUCUGUCUGCAUCCUCGACCUCUCUAUCAUAUUCUCAAGACAUGACUCCCCAUGUACCUCCUGUGGUGUCCACCUCAAAUCGUGCCUACAUGCGCAGUCCCUCUUCUAGCCUGCAAGCUCCUUCAAGGAAAACAGCAUCCUUGCCUCGUAUUCCUCCUUCUGCACCGUCUCCUGUCCCCGGUGCUCAGUCACCAACUUCUGCUUCCCAAUCAGGAAACCAGCAACGCAGCAGGUCGGUCAGUGGAAAGCGCAUCUGUUCAUACUGUAAAAACGUUCUGGGCAAAGGAGCAGCCAUGAUCAUCGAAUCUCUUGGUCUUUGCUAUCAUUUACAUUGUUUUAAGUGCGUUGCUUGUGAGCGCGAGCUUGGGGGCUCACAAGCAGGAACAGAGGUUCGCAUCCGAAACAACGAACUCUUUUGCAAUGACUGCUAUCUCCGACUUAAAACAGCCGGACAGCCAACCAUUAUGUGAUACAAGCCUAAAUACGACACCACUGCUGCAGAUAGAAGAGGAAACCACUGCUGUAGAUCUAUAAAUAUAUUGUGUGUGGUUUUUUAAAGAAACAUUUGCCUGUUUAAAUCAUGUAGGAAAUUCCUGGUAUUCUAUGCUAAACUUAUUUUGAGCUAUUUAUGAGAAGGUAAUCACAAUAAGAAACUCUUCUGGAUUAAAAACACAAAACUUCAGUUCAAUGUACAAUCUCAUCCUUACAUAAAUAAGGCAGAAAAGCAGUGUAAUUGGUGGUAAUUUCAGAAUGCUGGAGGCUGAUAAGGAAAAUAGCUUUAAAUUCCAAUUUCAAAGGAAAAAGCUAUUUUAUUUUUUAAUGCUCUUAAAUGAGCAUUUUUGAAAUGACGUGGAUUUGUAACUGCAAUCUCUAUUACUGAUUUAUAUGCUAUGGAUAUUCUGAGAAUAUUACAGAAAUAGCAUUUAAAGGCACACAAGGGUGGUUGUCUGUUUUUAAGUUUCAGUGCUUAAUAUUAUUCUUCUAAAUACUAAAAUGUAAACUUCAGCCUGUUUCCUUGGGAUUUAGUGUUUCACUGCGCUUUAAUAGUUAAAUCCAACUGGGAAGAUUAUUUGUGAGGGAUUCAUUUUUGUUCCAUGUUUGGAAAAUGUAACUUGCACAUUAAACGAGUUAAUAUGACUGAAGAUUUUUUUUCCUUCUGUUGACUUACUUUGUAUUUGUAAAUAAAGUUGCUGAUACUGCA